ACAACACAGCUCUUGGGUUUCAGUUUAUAACCGUCGUGUUCGUUUGUUCAUUCAAGCUGACAAAUCUUUACUCAACGAUUUUUAUAAAGUUUAAAAGUUUUUAGAAGUUUUUUACAACAGUAUUUUACACAUUUAGCAUAUAGGUUCCUUGUUUUUAUUUUUACGUUAGAUGAAGCUUUAUUAUUUAAAGCAUGAUAGUGUUUAUAAAUAUUGAGAUAAAUUUGGUAACUAUAUAAAAAAAGGCGCUAAAAUACACCUGGAUGUCAUUCUGAUACAAUCCCAGCCCAUAUAGUUUGUGAUACAUACCUUUGAUUUUUUUAUAAACAGAACAUAGAAAAUGGCCCCUAUAAAAAGUCACCACAGUAUACUCUCCAACUUUACAUUGAAGAACCGUAUAUCUACAAGGAGCUCAUCAAUCGUACAAUGCCCCAAUAAAGAAAUGACAGUUUCCGUUAAGGAUAUGAACAGACCUAAGAGAAAAGCAGAUUGUUCUCCAUCAAAAGAAAAUAAACUGAACAAACGAACUGCCUUUGGAGAAAGAAAUAUAAACACAGAGUUGAUUAAGACUAAGACAGCGGAAGUUAAACCUAAGAAGACGACAGUUCCAGUGAAGAAAGUAACAACACACUUGAAAAUUUUACCUUCUAUUAAAACUGUACAUAAACCGAAGCAAAAUGAAAAUUUAUUCCCACCUGCUGCUCCGGGCCAAAAGAUAUCAACAAGGCAAUCAAAAACAGUAAUUCCAAACCAGACUGCAGUGAAACCUAAAGAAGUCUUAAAAGAAAACAAUGCAAAUGUUAACAAACCAGGUAAAAGACUCAGCAAUGAAUUCGAGAAGACUGAAGACACUUUAUAUUGUACAGCUUUGGAGGAUGGCGAUUCUAGUAAUGAAAGUACAUACUUCAGUGCAAAAAAAUUACACAACUUGCGAUCUGCGAGAACUUCAGAAUCGGCAGAGACGCAAAAAAGCAAUAAAGAAAACGAAAAAAUGGAAGCCGAAGACAAGUCAAAUCUCACCGUUGUUGCCGAGCAAAUGGAAUUAAAACUAAAUCUUGGAGACCACGACGUACCAGAGAAUGUAAUAAAUUAUGACGAAGAGAAUUGGAAUGAUAUUUUCCAAGUGUCACAUUAUGCCAUGGACAUUUUCAACUACCUCAAAGAAAGAGAAGUUCUGUUUCCAGUACCUGAUUAUUUAGACCGUCAAAUAUGUCUUACUCGGUGGAUGCGAUCGCUACUCGUCGAUUGGAUGGUCGAAAUUCAAGAAAGUUUCGAACUCAAUCAUGAGACUCUUUAUUUGGGAGUUAAAUUAGUUGAUAUGUACCUCAGUAAAAUGACAGUAGGAAAGGAAACUUUACAAUUAGUCGGUGCCGCAGCCAUGUUGAUAGCCAGUAAAUACGACGAAAGGAUUCCACCUAUGCUUGACGAUUUCUUGUAUAUUUGCGAUGGCGCUUAUACCAAGAGGGAACUUAUUAGGAUGGAGAUCAAUUUGUUUAAAGUAAUAGGAUUCGAUCUGGGAAUACCUAUUAGUUACAGAUUUCUGAGAAGAUAUGCCAGGUGUGCGAAAAUAACAAUGCCUGUUUUGACAUUAGCUAGAUUUAUUCUAGAAUACUCAUUAAUGAAUUACGAGACAGUCACUAUUAGGGAUUCCAAAUUGGCAUCAGCUGCUCUUUAUAUAGCACUUAGGAUGCAACGUAUCAGCCACUGGACUCCAACAUUGGAAUUUUAUACAGGUUAUAAAUUAGAAGAAUUCAAAGACGUUGUAAUUAUCUUAAAUACAGGUAUCAAUCAGCCUCCCAAAUCACAAAUAAUGACAGUAAGAAACAAAUAUUCUCAUAAAAUAUUUUUCGAAGUAGCGAAAGUACCACUCCUAGGAAACAAUCAGCUGUUCUGAAAUUUUUUUCGAAAAGUUUCGAAACAUUUCAUGUUAACUGACGUUAUACAAUAUUUUAUUUUUGUAUGUAAAUUUAGCUUCGAUUGACGGUCUAUAAAUAACAGGAUGUUAGCUUGAUGUUAUUUUACAUAAAAAAAAAGUUUUAGCAAUGUAUUUUAAAAUAUUUUAUUUGUGUUGAUUUUAUAAUUUAAUGUCUUGUAUAAAGCGUAUAAAAAAACAUGCUUUUCAAUUCGUUUAUCGCAUGUUGCCACAAGGACAGUGUACUAUUUUUAUUUAUUUUUUAGUUUGAGUGAUUUUUGUGGGACAAUAAUUUGACUUGAAUUUGCAGUUAAACUGACUGGUUAUAGUAUUUUUAGUAUUAUUAAAAUUAAGAGUACGAUCCUGUACUGUGUUCGCUUCUAAGAUAAGUCCCGCAAAUCAGAAGCCCACAUUUAGCUACGUGACAUUGAUUUUGAGAGCGAUUGUACAGGGGUGCAAUAGGCCAAAGCGUUUACAACAUAAAGCCUGAAUUAAAUUUACACCUUAUACCUCGUAGUACAUUUUUCUCUGCCAUUUAUUAUAAUAAAUGGUGUUUUAAAAAUAACUAGAGAUUUAAAGUAAACAAUUUACCAAUUUAUAGUAAACAAACUAUUAUGAAAUAUAGAUUUAAUUUUGUAUAUUUAAAAAAACUUACUUGGAGAACAGUUAUUUAAUAAUAUGUUAAUUUUAUUGCAAUACUAAUUUUAAAAUCGAAUUUACGUACUUAUUCUUCUGUAUGAAAUUUUAUUAUAAGUGAAGAACACAUGUCGAAAGUAUGACAGUUUGAGAUAAUUAAAUGCUAAUACAGCUCCUAAAGUUCAAAAAGCCGCAGUUAGAGUAGAUGGAGAACUGAAUCCCCUAUGUGACAUCAAUGUGGGAGUGAGAUAGGGAGACGCACUAUCAACAAUGCUGUUCAACCUAGUUCUUGAGGCAGUUAUCAGAAAAACCAAUGUAACCGGCCAUAUAAAUACCAAGACAGUACAAAUUACUGCAUAUGCAGAAGAUGUAGCUAUCAUUAGUAGCAGCAAGCAACGACUAAUGGAAACGCUAAAGAAAAUUGAUCCUGAAACACGAAAAAGAGGGCUUAAACAACAAAAAACGUAAGUAUAUGACGGUCAAAAGAACACGUGACAAUGAAAAUAGUACCACAAAAGACAUCUAUACCAUCGACUGUGUGGAUGCCUUCACAUAUCUGGGCACAUAAAUCAAUCAGAAGAAUUCCGUAAGUCGCGAAAUUAUGCACGUAUUUCCAGUGGGAAUCGUACAUACCAUGAUAAAUUAAAGAUUAAUGACAUCGAAAUUAUUAGACAAAAGAAGCAAGAUACACUUGAGUCCAGGGUUCUUUACCCGUACAUCAUUUAAAGCAUACGAAAUAAGUCGGAAAUUUACUCCACUCAACAGUAAGUGACAGAAAGUAGCUACUGCUCCGAUCACGGGUUAUAUUAUAAAAUUUGACUUUAUGAAAUAAAUAGAAUGUCAAAUAAUAAGGAGUAUAAUUAAUAUUUUCUUUUUGUUAUUUUAUUCACUUUGGAGAAAAUUUAAACACAACCAUUCCUUAACUGUGUGAAUGAGGUUAGCUUUGUAUGUUGUAAAAAUUAAAGGCAAACUCCAAUAUAAAAUUAUUUGUGACAACAACUGUUUGUGUAAUAUAAAAAACUUAAAAAUGCAAAAAUUCGACAAAAAAAUCAACAGACUGACAUCCACAAAAGUAAACAAACCAGAAACGUCACAACUGUACUUAAAAUCUGAAACGAUUCCCAACCGUCUUUUUUUGUACCUAUCUCUUUUCAAUAUACUGAGUCUAGAGCGUUCAUAAAAAUAACAUGCGUUUUUACUUAAUAACAGGCGGUAGCUGGAUUGUCUUUAGUUUCAUGCGUGGAAGAGAAUGAUGCUAGAAAAAAAGUAUGUGUUUUAUCUGGCAAGGUAUUAAUGACGCACGGGUAAAGAAUCGUGGACUCAACUGUAACUAUAUACACAACAUUGAUUAGACCCGUAAUAAACUAUGGUUGUGAAACCUGUUUAAGGGGCUAUCCUAGUUAGGGGAGUGCUAUAGAUUUUCACUUCGGAAAAAAUCAAACAAGAUAGAACUUUUUGUAAUUUCAUUAGGAAAUGUUUAAUAAACAACAUAUUAAAAAGUUCUACUCGAGAAGUGGGUGCUUCAUUUUUUAUUAAACAAAUGAACUUCGAAGUUUGAUGUAUUUUUUAAAUAACUCCGAAAAUAUAAAUUUUAGAACAAAACUGACUUGACCAUUGAAAAAUUCAGAAAAUUUUACAAAAAAAAACCUUAUAUAAAGAAUUUUCUAAAAUUAAAUCUGUAUCUUCUAUCAUUUUUUAUUUAUAACGCUAAAGUCACCCUUCUCACAAACAUUGGUGCACUGUAAACUAGCGUACGACGAAAUGCACGGUUGAGUUUUUUAAUGUAAUUCUGUAACUAAUGGAUCAAAUGAAAUUUUACAAAUUGAACCUAAAAGAAAAAAUUAAGGUAUCUUAUGGUUAUAAUAAAAAGAAAUAAAAUGUAUGGGCAUAAGUACGGUGGGGGCGGAAAGUGAGCCUUACGAAUUUUGUUUAAAAAUGUGUAACUAAUACAAUUUUUCUUAUAAAACCCUCAAUUUUGCACAACUUACUUUUCAAGCAUCGUACUAAAUGCUGUUUCAUUAAAAAAAAAUCUUAAAAAUUUAAUUCAAAUGAUAUUAUGACGUCUUAAAAAAUGUAAUUUUUGAAAUCUUCGUAGUUUUAUAGAAUUACCACCACUUUAAGACGGUAUUACUCAAGUUUGGACAGAUCUAUUACAGUUUUAAAGUGCUUUUUUAAAGCUUAGGAUGUAAUCUUUAAAAUGCACUAAAUUAUUUCACUUUAGAAAUGAAAUAGACUAUUUGUUUUUGAGAAAAUUAAGAAAGAUAACAAAAAUUUAAUACAAAAACCGAAAAUUACCAGCUAAAAAAAUGUUUAUAUAAAAUGAUCAAAAUUUUUCUGUAAAACUGACCUAAAAUACAUUUAAUAAUAAACCUCAACAAUUGUAAAUGUUCAGCAAAAAAUUUUUUUUAGCUGUUAUACAGUACGUCUGCGUAACUUGGAACCUAUUGAUAACUUUUUUAAUCAGUUUUACGAAAAAAAGUUGUUCUUUAUAAAAUACUCUGCAUCGUAUAUAAUCUAAGAUGCAGUCAUCAAAUUUAAUGAAUUUUAUACGAGUUAUUGAAAAUUGUUAUUAAGAAAAGUUGUUUGGAAUUAAAAAAUUUGUUUUAGUGUUCAAUUACUUCCUUCUAAUUAAAGUAUUGUGAAUAAUAAAGACACUUUUAACUCUUAAGAAUAAUUCAUAUUUUUUACAUACCUCGUAUAAAAUUUAAAAAGUUUAAUAUCUGAUGGUUGUAUCUUAUAUUUUAGACCAAGGAGAGCAUUUUCUGAAGAAUAACUGUUUUUCGUAAAAGUGAUAAUAAAAUAGUUAUCAUAAUUGUAAUAAAAUGAUGAUGAGUAUCCGUAAUUUGAGAAAAAAAAUUUAAAAAAUUUUUCGAAUAGAAUAAUGUAAUUGUAUAUUUAAACAUAGUUUUUAAUUUCAAACAACUUUUCAUAAUAGCAUUUUUUGAUAUUCUGAAAUAUAAAGGUACUUUACUCUUUAACGAAAUUCAUAUUUUUGACAUAACUCGUAUAAAAUUGAUAAAAUUUGAUAUCUGAUGGUUUAGUUUUAGAUUUUUGACUAUCCAGAGCAUUUUAUGAAGAAUAACUUUUUUUCGUAAAAUUGAUAAUAUAAAAAGUUUUCCAUGUGGUUCCUAGCUACGCAGACAUACUGUAUAAGAGCUUCUGUAUAAGAAUUUUCAAAUUGCAAUGCCAUAUUCGGAUUCAGUAUAAUCAAAAACAAAAUAGAAAUAUAUUUGAUCAAAGUAAAAUGAUGAAUUUAACGAUAUUUUUAAAAUUAUUAAAAUACAAAACAAUUGUUAUUGUUUAAACAAUUAGCGGCCAAAUCCGCGAGUAGAACUUUUUACUUUAACAUGUAUAUAAACUAACAAAAAAAGUUUUAGAAAAAUAUAAGCUUGUUUGAAUUUUUCCGAAACAAUGCAUGUUUUCGUUCUAAUUGCACUCCCCUAAGUUUAAAAGUACGAAAUUCAUAUACUUCUUUUGGGUAUCCCAACACCAAAUUGUUGUAUAUGGUCCACAUGAUGUUCAGAAAAAGUCACCAUUUUGAGCGUUGGAUUUGGUGGUGAGGGGGGAGAAAUCGGUAAAUUCGGAGUUUUUUACGUCUUUCGUCAAUAUUUCUAAAACUAUGCGGCUUAGCAUGAACAAUGUUCUACAUUAAAUUUGAAAUAAAAAAGGCCCUACGCAUAAUCCUAAAAUGAACGGUUCCAAAGUUACGGAGGUAGUACAGUAUCAUCAUAAAAUAAAAAAUACUGUACCAAUUGUUUUGAAAAUUUGCAUGAGCAUUUAUUAUAAAAAGAAGUACAUGUAAAACCAUUUUCAUAAAAAAUAUUAAAAAUUAAACGAUUUAUGCGCCAUCUACUGGCACCAUGAAAAUAAAAUCAUGGCUCCACUGCUGCAGUGAUUGAGAAGAGAUCCUGAAACAUAAGAUUUCAAAGUGACUAUUGAAAUAUAAGUUAUUUCCUAUACCAUCAACUAGGAUUUUUGAAAAAUAUUAAAAUUUGGAAAAAUGACGGAAGUGUUGAAAUUUUUUUUUUAAAUUAGCUAAACCAUUUUCAGUUUCAAAAACCGCCAAAUUGACAUUUUUUAUCCGAUCAAAAAACCCCUAGUUGAUGGUAUAGAAAAUAACUUAUAUUUCAAUAAUAACUUUGAAAUUUUAUGUUUCAGGAUCUAUUUUAGCCUAAGGCUCCACGGGCGACAAAUUUACGCUGGCAAUAGCCUUAAAACGAACUUCGGUUCCGCGGAACGGAAUAGGAAUAGCCGAACUGAACCGACUACGCACAAGUCCUGUAGUCGGUACAGUUCGGCUAUUCCUACUCCGUUCCGCGGAACCUUAAGUUCGUUUUACGGCUACUGCUAACGUAAAUUUGUUGCCCGUGGAGCCUUAGCCUUAGUCCCAAUCACUGCAGCAGUGGAGCUAUGUUUUUAUUUUCACGGCGUUAGUAGAUGGCGCAUAAUUCGUUUACUUUUCAAUACUUUUUUUAUCAAAAUUGUUUUUUAUCAAACAUGUACUUCUUUUUAUAAUAAAUGCUCAUGCAAAUUUUCAAAACAAUUGGCACAGUACUUUUUAUUUUAGAAAUUCCCAAAAAAGUAUAUGAAUUUCGUACUUUUACACUAGGAUAGCCCCGUAAUGACGAAAAAUAUGAAGUCCAACUCGGGACAUUCGAGAGAAAAAUUUUGAGAAAAGCAUAUGGCCCGGUGCAAGAGGAAGACGACACAUGGAGAAUCAGUAAAAUGACCAAAUUAAUGAAUUAAAUGAAAGGUACGAUAUUGUAAGAUUUGUGACAAAUCAAAGACUAUGAAGUCUGGGACAUGUCCAGAGGCAAGAAGAUACAAAAACAAAGAACAUGUUACAAUGGAAGCCGAUAGCAAGACGAAAAAAGUAAGGUCUAGUAAGAGGUGGUUGGAUGACGUGGAAGAAGACCUGAAAACUAUGAAUAUAAGACAAUGUAGGAGAUGAGCACAAGAAAGGAUUGAAUGGAAGGGCGUAGCCAGUCAGGCGAAGACCCAUCCAGGGUUAUGAUGCCCACCAUAUUUAUGGAAACAUGAUUGUCAAAACUUCGUCUACAGAGGAAUUAGUGAACGGUAUGCCAGUUGUAACCUCGUACAGAGCGCUAAUUUUGGUGGUGGCGACAUAUGGCGGUGCUAUACAGGGUGUUUCAUUGGGAAACGGAAAUACUUUAAAUGUGAAUAGAGGUCACCGAGGCGGUUCUAGGUAUACUACAUUUUUUGCCCUACCGCAGUGGUUUCCAACCUUUUUGUACCUGCGCCCCCCUUAAAAAAACAAAAAAUUGUUGCGCCCACUUAAUUUUUGAAUCUAAUUUCAUAAAUACUCAACUGAUAUUAUAAUUUAUUUGAUGCACUACAGAAUAAUAUACAAUAUCAUGUAAAAAUAUACAUGAAAAAUAAUAAAAUUUGCUUGUUAAUAGUGUUUAUCCCAUUUUUAAAUUAAUUUUCAGACAUUUUGUUACAAUUUCCUCCUUGUAAUAAACAAUUGUUACAGCUGCAUGCCUCCCCUGCAACAGUCUCGCGCCCCCCUAGGGGGGCGCGCCCCACAGGUUGGAAACCACCGCCCUACCGACUUUUAUAACCGAGUUACAGGGUAAUUUAUCGAUUUUGUCAAUUUCUUUCCUAAGCCAUAACUUUAGAACCACCCUGUAUAUUUUUUUGAUAUUUGGUACACAUGUGCCUCAUCCAAAACCCAAACGAUCGACAUAUUAAUCACAAGAAAAAUCCAGGUCCGGAUUAACAAAAAAUUAAAAAGUAAUUGUGACCUUAAAAGAACACCCUGUAUAUUGAAAUUCUGAAAAUCUGUUUGCAUAUUUGAAAAGAGCACAAAAAACUAAGUCUAAUCGUUCGCUUCAAUUUUUCGGCCAGACAAUUUUAUGACUUUAAUUUUGAAAUUAUAUUGAAUUUUUUAAGAACUCUGACAUUAAAAAGCAGGUAUUAACUUUUAAUUAUAAAUUAUUAAAGCUAUUGAAUAAAUACUCAUUUUAAAAAUAAUCAAUACUUAUUUACCACAUUGGAACGACCCAAUUAUUAAUCACAAGAAAAAUCCAGGACCGGAUUAACAAAAAAACGUAAAGUAAUUGUGAUCUUGAAAAAACACCCUGUAUAUUGAAAUUUUCAAAAUUUGUUUGCAUAUUUGAAAAGACACAAAAAUCUGAGUUUAUCGGUUUGCUUUAAUUUUUUGUGAAGGAAAUUUGAUGACUUUAAUUUUGAAAUUAAAUAUAUUGAUACUUUUAAGAACACUGAAAUUAAAAAGCAGAUUUUUAAAGCACGUUUAACAAUAAGUUAUUAAAGUGAUUAAAUAAAUACCCAUUUUAAAAAUAAUCAAUACUUAUUUACGACAUUCGAACGCCCCACUUACAAAUCACAACAAAAAUCCAGGUCCGGAUUAACAAAACAAUAUAGUGUAAUUGUAACCUUGAAACAACACCCUGUAUAUUGAAAUUUUCAAAAUCCGUUUGCACAUUGGUAUGAAAAGAGCACAAAAAACUAAGUUUAAUCGUUCGCUUCAAUUUUUUGGCCAGACAAUUUAAUGAAUUUAAUUUUGAAAUUAUGUCGAAAUUUUUGAGAACUCUGGAAACUCGUAAUAAAAAUUGCGAUAUAUGUAAUUUCAAAAGUAAUGUCAUUAAAUUGUCUGCACAAAAAAUUAAAGCGGGACAUUAAACUUAGUUUUUCGUGCUCUCUUCAGGUGUGCAAACGUAUUUUAAAAAUUUCAAUAUACAGGGUGUUUUUUCAAGGUCAAUUACUUUGUAUUUUGUUGUUAAUACGGACCUGGAUUUUUCUUGUGAUUAGUAAGUGAGUCCUUCUAACGCAGUAAAUAAUAAAUGAUUAUUUUUAAAAUUAGUAUUUAGUCAUUAACUUGAAUGAUUUAUUAUUAAGUGCUUUAGAAACCUGCUUAUUAAUUUCAGGGUUCUAAAAAAUUUGAAUAAUAUAUUUAAUUUCAAAAUUAAAGUUAAUGAAUUUUUGCACAAAAAGUGAACCGAUAAACUCGGAUUUUUGUGGUCUUUUCAAAUGUGCAAACAAAUUUUUAAAAUGUCAAUAUACAGGGUGUUGUUUCAAGGUCACAAUUACUAUAUGUUUUUUUUGUAAAUCCGGACCUGGAUUUUUCUUGUGAUUAAUAAUUGGGUCUUUCCAAUGUAGUAAAUAAGUAUUGAUUCAUUUUAAAAUGAGUAUUUAUUCAAUAACUUUAAUAAUUUAUAAUUAAAAGUUAAUAAUACCUGCUUUUUAAUGUUGAGUUCUUAAAAAAAUUCAAUAUAAUUUCAAAAUUAAAGUCAAAAAAUUUUCUGGCCUAAAAAUCGAAGCAAACCAUUAGACUUGGUUUUUUGUGCUCUUUUCAAAUAUGCAAACAGAUUUUCAAAAUUUCAAUACAGAGGGUGUUAUUUUAAGGUCACAAUUACUUUAUAAUUUUUUGUUAAUCCGGACCUGGAUUUUUCUUGUGAUUAGUAAGUCGGUCGUUUGGGUUUUGAAUGAGACAUAUGUGUACCAAAUAUUAAGAAAAUGUACAGGGUGGUUCUAAAGUUAUGGCUUAGGAAAGAAAUGAGCAAAAUCGAUAAAACACCCUGUAACUCGGUUAUAAAAGUCGGUAGGGCAAAAAAUUUAGUAUACCUAGAACGGCCUCGGUGACCUCUAUUCACCAUUAAAGUAUUUCGGUUUCCCAAUGAAACACCCUGUAUAAUAGUAUUUCUUGGAAAGGACAUACCGAACUUGAUGAUGCUACGCCAUUUGCCAGCCAUAUUGGAUAUGACAGAUUCGUGCUAAGGCGUCUUCCUUGUCGCUAGAAUAGUGAAUACUUACCUUGGUGAGAUUCAAUUUAAAAAUUAUAUUGGCCACCAUAAUAUAGCAUAUAUCGGAGUUGAAUCUGAUCGAGCAUUUAUAUGACACUUUAAAACAUCGCAUUCGCAAAAUUAAUCCUAAAUCUGUGACACGGGGAGGACUAAGGAUUGCAGCAAAAAAAAUUUCACUUCACAUGAUAAUUUCAAAAUAUGCAAUAUUUUUGUCCGCUAGUGUAUUUAACUGAAUGCAACAGAGUGAAACAAAAAAAAAGAAGAACUUAUGUUGGAGGGAAAGUAAAGAAUGAUAUACUCCAACAGAAGUAAGGAAAAAAAAGAAAGUAACUAAUGGGACAAAAAUGAACAUAGAUGGGAUGUAACGAAGAGAGUGUAGUUGGCUUCUACGUUGAGGAGCCGCAGUAGGAAAAAUACUACUUGCCAGUAGUAUUAGUGGAGGAAAGUGGAAGGAUGUAGAAGUGAAGAGAAGAGGCAAACUGAAUAGAGUUGGGCUAGCAAGAGAUGCAAGAGAACAACUUGACACAAGGAUGGUUAUGGCUCGUUUGCAUGCCUGUCGAAGAACAGUAGUUCAUAGUAGAUAAUGAUGACUAAAAAGUGAAAUAAUAAAAUAAGAAUAAUGUACUGAAAAUGAAUAAAGAUGAGUAAUUGCUAAAGAAGAACAAAAUAAAUAAAACUAACAAAUCAUGGGCGCCAAGAAAAUGAUAUUCGAUCACUCUCCCAGGUAUCUUACACUGCUGUCAAAUAUUAACUAUAUUAAAUCAGUAAACAUGAACAUAAAGGAAUAAUAAAAAUAAAUGAUAUACAAAAUAAAUAAAUAUUUAUUAAAAAUAACUACCUAGAUUUUUGACAAUCUUUGAGUAAUACAAAAGUUAUAUCGAUCUAAGAUAACAACAAUAAUGUUACCUGUUACAAAAUUAUAUAAGUACCUCUUACUUACAUAUAGGGUACAACUCACAUGAGUCCUCUUUACCAAAUGGUUAUAGUACGCUUGCUAUGUACAACUAAAUUAAAACCCGAAAAAUAUAUAAAUAAAUAGGCAAAAGCCUGACGAAGAGAACAUCCAAUGAUGAAUUAAGCAAAAUUAAUUAAUAAAAGUUAUAAAAAUGAAGCUAAGAUAAAUACUGAAACUAUGACCUAAAUUAUCCGAACAAAUGGAAUAAAGCGAAUAAAUAUUUGGGAAACAAGCAAGUAAUAUUACAAAAUAAAUAUUAAACCAAUAAUAAAGUAUAAAACCCUAAUUGUCUAGGCAUGAUUACCUUGUGCACACAAGUAACUUACCAUAGAUAAUAGUUUGGGAACCAAAUACACUAAUAUUCAAAUAUGUUAUAAUAAAAACCAAAUGUAAGCUAAAUUGGAAAAAAAAAUAUUAACAAACAUAGUGCAUUAAUCAAAUGUCUGAAAUAUAAAAAAAACCAAUAGUUACUAAAAACACAUCACUAAAUGUUCCCAAACAAACCCAUUUAUCGAACGAUUUCCUAAAGAGGUUGCGGUUGCAUCCUCGAAAAUGAGCACCAGGAUGGUGCGACCCCAUGACUCGUUUAGGCCCAGGUGCCAAGACGAAAAGGAGUCGGAAUGCCCCAAAAAAAAACUUGUUUCCCCAAGUGACUACUGCCAGAGUGACUUGACUGUGGCUGUAAUGGUUUCCCUAGGUGGUCAAAGGGGCUACGACUUCACGUCGUGGUUUCUCCAAAAUGGCGGUGAUUUUUAUUAAAAUUCCAGAAGGAGUUGUGUUACCCACAUGUCUCCCUACUGCAGAAAACCAUUUGUGGUAACUUUUCACUUCACUUUAAAAUUGCUGGAUGUUAAAUAAAAUAAUUAUGAUAGAAAUCAACCGCCAUUUUAUGGUACCAACUACCCAUCUUACAGCCACAAGUCAAGUAACGAACAUGCCUCUCUCCUUCCAAGAGGAGCAUCUCAAACGAUCACAGAACAUGAAUUAAAUAAAUGUCACGGAACGAUUCGACAAGUGUUCCGUAGACGUCGACGUGUGACGUCACGUAAGUGGUCCUUUACGAGAAAAUUAAAGAAAUUAAUUAAGCGAUCAAAAGAAAAUAAUUAUAAAAAUAAUUAAAGCGCUAAAAAUGAUAUUAUAACGGGUGGACCGUUACAAGAGCCAGUGGUGAAACUUUAUUUCCAGUGAACUAUUUUCGUCCCAUCACCCCAUCACAUGUUGUUCGAUUUAAACGUGAAAAACUUUACAAACAACUGUUUAGAAUUUCCCUAACAAUAAUUUCAAAAUUAUUUUAAUUGCACUCGGUAACAAAAUUAAUAAAAUUAAGACUAGUAUUUUCUAAAACCCACAAAAACAUUCACAACUUAAAAAUUUUGUAAAGAGGCGCAUUGUUCUAUUUGGUUAACAACCACCUAAUUCUCGAUAUAUUUUGUUAGAUUUAUAAUUUGGUAGAGGGCUAAUGCAUGAAAAAUAAAAUAUAUAAAUAAUUUCAAUGUAAGAUAUUUUAUAAACAAAAAAAAAAUAAAAAAAAAACGAAAAAUUAA